AUCACACGACCACAAACUCUUGCCGUCAAGCUGAGGCAUACAUCACACUCAAGCUGACCACAAGACCAAUCGACACGGACAGACGAGCAGCCACCUCAAUUGAUCACAACCACCCGCCGCUCCUCGUUCCGCAGCACCAAUGUCGGACGGCAGCAUUGUCAAGGCCGACAAGGACUUCACCAAGGAAGUCGACGCUGCUCUACCCCAAGCGGAGAAAAUCGCCAAGAAUGGCGAGACACAACAAGCCAUCGACAAGCUGCUCAGCUUAGAGAAGCAGACCCGCCAGUCCUCCGAUCUCCCCUCCACGUCGCGCCUGCUGGUCGCCAUUGUCACGAUAUCCAAAGACUCUGGAGACUGGAGUCUGCUCAACGAGCAAGUACAGCUGCUUAGCAAGAAGCAUGGACAGCUCAAACAGGCCAUCACCAAAAUGGUGCAGGUGGUCAUGGACUUUCUGGAUGACACGCCCAGUGUAGAUGUGAAGCUUUCCGUGAUCGAGACGCUGCGGACAGUCACAGAGGGAAAGAUCUUCGUCGAAGUCGAGCGCGCGCGUGUGACUCGCAUACUAUCGAACAUACAGCACAAGCAGGGUAAGAUCACCGCAGCCAAGGACACACUAUGCGAGCUGCAAGUCGAGACAUUCGGAUCCAUGACGAGGCGAGAGAAGACCGAGUUCAUCCUAGACCAAGUGUCGCUCUGCAUCGAGGAUGGAGACUGGACGCAAGGUGGUAUUCUGGCGCGCAAGAUCAGCACACGAUACUUCGCACGCAAGCCAAAGAAGACGGCCGAGCAGAUCGAGAAGGAGAAGAAAGAGCGAGAAGAGAAGAAGCGAUUGGCAGCGGAAGUAAAUGCUGGAGAGGUGGAAGAGCCAGUGGAUGACGAUGUUACGGACCUGAAGUUGCGAUUCUAUGAACAACAAAUCACACUCGCCAAGCACGACGACAAGUAUCUGGAGGCUUGCAAGCACUACCGAUCAGUCCUGGACACCGAGGCUGUGGAGAACGACCCAGACAGUCUCCGUGCAGCUCUUCAACGAGUCGUCUACUUCAUCCUGCUCGCGCCAUACGAUAACGAACAAUCUGAUUUGCUGCACCGCAUCGCUCAAGAUACACGACUCGCCACAUCCUGCCCGGCAGAAGCCGAACUCGUCAAGCGAUUCACAACCCCCGAGUUGAUGCGCUGGCCCGCCAUCGAGUCGAAUUUCGGAAAGCAGCUCACCAGCACCGACAUCUUCACUUCCAAGAAAGUCGACGACAAGAAAGAUCCCAAGGCCCAUCAGCGCUGGCUCGAUUUCCGCAAGCGCGUCAUCGAACAUAACGUCCGAGUGAUUGCAAAAUACUACACUCGUGUACACUUCUCGCGACUCACGUCUCUGCUCGACUUGCCUGCCGAAGAGACGGAGAAGUACAUCUCGGAUCUCGUCACGAGCAAAACGAUCUAUGCGAGAAUCGACCGCCCAGCGCAGAUUGUCAGUUUCGAGAAGAAGAGAGAUGCGGAUGAGGUGUUGAAUGAGUGGAGUGGAAAUAUGAAGAGUCUUUUGGGAUUACUGGAGAGGAUUGACCAUUUGAUCACCAAGGAGGAGAUGAUGGCCCGGAUUCAGCCCAAGAGUGUGAAAGGCGCCGCUUAGGUGGGCAGAUGACUUGUCCCGUUCUGCUGUCAGAUGUGAAGCUGCUCCGUGGCAGGGAGGACGCUCUCAUGGACAGCAAGAACCACGGUAUCUUAAGUACAGCACGCCGUCUAUGCUAUGCUAUGAUAUGCCAUGCCACGCGAUGAUAAAAUGUACUGUAUGCAUAGAAUUGGAACGGCAUAUGCAUGUAAUUGUCCAAAACUUCC